AUGUUUUCACCCUGGUACGGAUUGUUGUGUUUUUGCGCACUGGGCUGCGUUCAACUAGCGAGCGGCCAGGCGGACGACGGGAAGCGGUACAUCUGCCGGGCAAUACCCCUCAGCGGCGACGCCAGUUGCCCCGUGACGCUGUUACCCGAGCUCAACGCCGGGAGCCAAGAAGAGGAGCUCAGAAACACUGUCAUGCAGCUACGAGAGACAAUUCUACAGCAGAAAGAAACGAUUUCCAAACAGCUAGGCACCAUCAACGAGCUGACGACCAAGCUGUCCCUCUGCGCCUCGGCCACCGACGACAGGAAGUACGACAAGGGGGGCUCCUGGGGCAAAGAAAAGCAAAACACAAUGGGGGACGUUCCCAGAGAUCCUAAUGACACAAUUGACAGUCUUGGAAAAACCAUGCAAGGGCUCAAGGACCGGCUGGAGAACCUGGAGCAACAGCAGAUGCGGGCCAACAUAUCCGGCGCUUCAUUCCCCAGUGAGCUGCGCGACCUGCUGCAGCGUCGCCUUGGGGAGCUGGAGAAACAGCUCCUGAAGAAAGUCAGCAACCUGGAGGAGGAGAAGAGCAUGCUGUCGAAUGCCACAGCCGCCUACAGGCUGAAGACAGAGAGCACACUGAACGCCUUGGUGGAGAGGAUCAGUGAGCUGGAGAAAGGGGGGGGGGACUUCAAGUCCCCAGAGCAGUUUAAGUUGUCCCUGCCCCAGCGGACCAACUACCUGUACGGCCGCAUCACCAAGAGCCUGCCAGAGAUGUACGCCUUCACACUCUGCAUGUGGAUCAAGUCUAGUGCCAGUCCUGGCAUAGGGACGCCCUUCUCGUACGGGGUGCCGGGCCAAGCAAAUGAAAUUGUGCUGAUUGAAUGGGGCAAUAACCCAAUAGAGCUUCUCAUCAAUGACAAGGUUGCCCAGUUGCCUUUAGAGGUACGCGAUGGAAGGUGGCACCACAUCUGCAUCUCCUGGACCACACGGGACGGCCAAUGGGAGGCUUACCAAAAUGGAGAGAAGCUGGGAACUGGCGACAACUUGGCGGCCUGGCACCCCAUCAAACCUGGGGGAGUCAUCAUCCUGGGGCAGGAGCAGGACGUGGUGGGCGGGCGCUUUGAUGCCGGACAGGCCUUCGUGGGCGAGCUGAGUCAGGUGAACAUUUGGGACCGUGUUCUGAAGCCGGUAGAGAUCCAGUCAAUGGCCAACUGCAGCUCUUACAUCCCUGGGAAUGUCAUCCCCUGGCUCGCUGGCAAUGUUGAAGUUUUUGGGAGGGGAGCAUUCAAACGGCCUUUGGAGAUGUGUCAGGAGCGGCUGCCCAAUGCCUAA